AUGAUACGGAGGAUUGUGUUGCUAUCUGUGUGUUUACAUGCCAUCUCAGCAGCAUUUGAUUACAUUUCCACAGACCCGGAGGAUGUGCUGAGUGUGAGCAUUCCUCUGGAGGAGCCACAGCGUCCUCUACUGGGAGACACUUUGGUUCUACCAUGUUACUUUGAGGACCACACCAUCCCAGACCCAGGAGCUCCAACCAUCGCUCCCCUGGUUCAUCGCAUCAAAUGGAGCCUCGUCACCAAAGAGAAAGUCACGACUAUCUUAGUGGCCUUGGAGGGAGAGGUGCGUAUCAGCGAGACCUACCUGGACAGAGUUCAUCUGGUGGGCUACCCCUCGACUUCCACCGACGCUAGCAUCAAGAUAUCCGAGCUUCGGUCCAGCGACACAGGAGUCUACCGCUGUGAGGUCCAGCACGGCAUCGAGGACAGCCACGACGUCGUCCAUGUGCAGGUUCAAGGUAUGGUUUUCCAUUACCGGGCCAUCAUGGGCCGCUACACUUUGACUUUUGAAAAGGCGAAAGCAGCAUGCGCCCAGAACAGUGCCGUCGUGGCUUCACCCGAACAGCUUCAAGCGGCCUACGACGGCGGAUUCCACCAGUGUGACGCCGGCUGGCUCUCUGACCACACAGUCAGGUACCCGAUCCAUGAUCCUCGUGUGAACUGCUAUGGCGACAAAGAGGAGCUUCCUGGGGUCCGGACAUACGGAGUGAGGGACCUCAACGAGACCUAUGACGUCUACUGCUACACUGAGAAGAUGACAGGCAGAGUUUUCUACACCGCUUCUGCAGAAAAGUUCACCUACUCCGAGGCGGUGGUGGCGUGCUCCAAUCAGGGAGCUCAGCUGGCCACUACUGGUCAGCUCUACCUGGCCUGGCAGGGCGGGAUGGAUGUCUGCAACGCCGGCUGGCUGGGAGACCGGAGCGUACGCUACCCGAUCAACAUCCGUCGGCCGCAGUGUGGAGGUGGUCUGCUGGGGGUGCGAACUGUUUACCUCCACACAAACCAGACAGGAUACCCACUUCCUGAGUCCCGAUAUGACGCCUUCUGCUACACAGAGUCCCCCGAUGGGGAAGGUUCAGGCAUCACAGAAGAGGGAAGCGCCAUGCUGAGUGUUACCACGGUGACACAACACCCAGAGGUGUUCUUCAGGCCUACGACCACAGAGAGCGAGGCGGUGGGAGAGGUGGAGUCUCAGCGGCCCACCGUUGUGGACUUCGCGUAUACAGAGAGCCCUACCGAGCUGCCGCUGCCUCAGCCGCCGAACGUCACCGAGUUCGUCAUUGACCUGAUAGAACCAGUAACCGCUCGGCCCGAUGUAGGCAGAGAGCCCAGCAGAGGCUUUGUGACGCCUCCAACUGGUGUGGUUUUCCAUUAUCGCUUAGCGUCCAGCCGCUACACCUUCACCUUCGUCCAGGCCCAGAUGGCCUGCCAGAAGAUCGGAGCCUCCAUCGCCACGCCAGAGCAGCUGCAGGCCGCAUACGAGGCUGGAUAUCACCAGUGUGAUGCAGGAUGGUUACUGGACCAGACUGUAAGGUAUCCCAUUGUUUUCCCACGAGAUAAGUGUGCUGGAGAUCUGGGGGAUCAACCUGGCGUUCGGUCAUAUGGUUUGAGGCCGGCAGACGAGAAAUAUGAUGUGUACUGCUACAUUAAUGGGCAAAAAGGUGAGGUUUUCCACGUGGGCUCCGCUGAGGGUUUCACCCAUGAUGAGGCUGCUUCCAGCUGUAAAGAGCACAACGCCGUGCUGGCUUCCACCGCAGAGCUCUACGCAGCCUGGAAAACAGGUUUGGACAAGUGCCGCGCUGGCUGGCUCCUGGAUUUCAGCGUCCGCUAUCCCAUCAACAACCCACGCCCCGGGUGUGGAGCUGGGAAAUCAGGAGUGCACACUGUGUACGCUCACCCAAACCAGACCGACUUCCCUGAUCUUGAUUCCAGAUUCGAUGCAUACUGUUUCAGAGCUGUUCCUUCCAUCGUCCCUCCUAUACCUGUGGAGACUUCGGGCUCUGGCUCUGGCUCUGGCUCCGCAGACUUUGGCUCAGGGUCUGCGGUUGAUGGUGCCUCUGGGGGUCACUCUGGAGACCUGUCUGGAUCUGGGGAUCUGUCUGGUUCUGGAGACCAGGGGAUUUCUGGGGAUCUGUCUGGUUCUGGAGACGGGCUUACCUCGGGAGAUCUGUCUGCCUCGGGAGACCUGUCUGGUUCUGGGGAUCAGGUCACCUCAGGAGAUAAAGCUGGUUCUGGAGACUUGUCUGGUUCUGGAGACUUGUCUGGAUCUGUAGACUUGUCUGGAUCUGGACACCUGUCUGGCUCUGGAGACUUGUCUGGAUCUGUAGACUUGUCUGGUUCUGGAGACCUUGCCGGCAGUGCCAUUACUGAGCUGCCCAGUGGAGAAUCUGGUCUCAGCAGUACAGAUUCUUCUGGAUCAGCUCUCAGUGGAGACGGAUCCGGCAUCAGCGUUGUAUUUUCGGGCAUCGACAGCAUUUCCUCUGGAGAGGGCUCGGCUUCAGGAGGACUCCAAGAAGCUGGAGAGGGAAGCACGGAGAUCUUUAUCUUCCCUUCAUCUGAGGCGGGCUCUGGAGGGCUCAGUGGUAGUGGGGACUUGUCUGGAUCUGGAUCUGGAUCUGGUUUCAGCUCUGGGUCGAGUGGCUCUUCCAUAGGCGGCUCUGGGGAAAGUGGACAAUUCUCCGGAAUGUCGUCCGGUUUCAUCACCGGCCAGGACUUCACUGGGUUUAGUGGGUUCCCAUCAGGAUUCUCCUCUGGAAGUGCUAGUGGACACUCAGGAGACCCUUCUGGAAGUGGAGACGCACAGAUCGUACUGAUUGAUGGUGAACUGAUCGAUGCCUCCAACCCUUUUACCCACAAGGAGCAUGAGCUUGGCGGAGGCCCUCUGAUGUUCAGUGGCUCUGGAGACAUUUCAGGAUCUGGGAUUCUCAGCGGAUCGGCCUCUGGAAGUGGCUCUGGGUUCUUCCCCGGUGUGACCUUUGUGGGGUCAGGGUUCACUGACCUUACAGUAUCAGCCUCUGGAGAGCAGGAGGCCUCUGGGUUCUCUGGACAGGGAAGUGGUGGACAUUUGUCUGGAUUUGGAAGCUCAAGUUUCAUCUCUGGGUCUGGACUGGAAAUGUUAGGAUCAGGGAUGUCUGGAUCAGGGAUGUCUGGAUCAGGGAUGUCUGAGUCCUCAACGAGCGGAGAAGAAGGGAGUGUUACAUUUGUCAGUGGGGAUUUUUUGACAGAGGUAUCUGGAGCCACUACUCUGUCUAUGGAGCUUGGACAGGGGUCGGUGGAGUUCAGCGGAGCAGGAAGCAGCAGCAGCAGCAGUGGCUUCUACUCUGGCAGUGGAGACACCAGUCCGUCCACAACCAGCGGAUCAGGAGCUUCCUCUGGAGAUCUGCCUCAGGUGGUGCUGCCCUCUCCAUCCAGUGAGUGGGCAUCUACAGAGAGCACCACAGGACCAGAGGAGGCCCUUAAAGGGGGUGAACUGUCACAGACCCCUGGAUUGGCUGCUCCUCCCACUGCAACUACACCAGCCUCUGUGCCAACGACAGGUGUCACUGAGGAAACGCAUCCAGUGAAGGGUGGUUUGAACCCAUGUGAACCUAACCCCUGUGGUGCUGCCUCAUGCACAGUAGAGGAGGGGGUUGCUCUCUGCCAUGUGUCACCCGCCCCCACCUUUCUUGCAGAGGUAGAUGUGUGCCAUCCCAACCCUUGUGCCAAUGGAGCCACCUGUGUGGAGAGCGCAGACUCUUACAAAUGCUUAUGCCUGCCCAGCUACGGAGGUCAACGCUGUGAGAUCGACGAGCAGCAGUGUGAGGACGGGUGGACCAAGUUUCAGGGGAACUGCUUCCUGCACUUCUCGGACAGAGAGAUGUGGCUCGAUGCAGAGCAGCGCUGCAGAGACCUGAACGCCCACCUGGUCAGCAUCAUCACGCCAGAGGAGCAGGACUUUGUCAACUCAAACGCACAGGACUACCAGUGGAUCGGGUUGAACGACAAGACAGUAGAGAACGACUUCCGCUGGAUAGACGGCACUCCACUGCAAUACGAGAACUGGAGGCCGAACCAGCCGGAUAACUACUUCCACUCUGGAGAGGACUGUGUGGUGAUGAUCUGGCACGAGAGCGGUCAGUGGAACGACGUGCCGUGCAACUACCACCUGCCGUUUACCUGCAAGAAAGGCCCAGUGUCCUGUGGCGCCCCGCCAGAGGUGGAGAACACCCACAUGUUUGGUAACAGGAGGGAGGAAUACCCCGUCAACUCCAUCAUCCGGUAUCAGUGCAGCUCCGGGUUCACACAGCGCCACCCACCGACCGUUCGCUGUCAGGCAGACGGACAGUGGGAGAAACCCCAAGUGCAAUGUACUGACCCGGUCACAGUGAAAUCCAGAAAGAGAAUAGAGCGGAGGAGCAGCAGGCGUCUGGCAGCCGGCAGCAAGCUUCACUAA